AAGCCUUGGCUCUGCAGAGCGACGCCACAGUGCGCCCCCAGUUCUCUGAAGCAGCGCCGGCCCCCGACGCCACCUAGCCCGCCUGCAGCGGUCCCCCGAGCCACUCUCUACAACUCCAGCGCCGCGUCCUUCCAGACUCAGCACUGGCACCUGCAGUCACGAUGAAGCGGCCCCGGCUGCGCAUCCUGUCCGCGUUGCUGCUCUACUUGUGGGUGGGCGCCCCGGCCGCGGUCUGGGGAGACGCGGCGGGGCUCUUUGGCGGACCCCCUGGCAACGACCUGGCGAACCCAACGGACACAUUCGACAAGGAAAGUUUUUGGAACAACGACUUGGUACCGGAGGCAGCGCAAGACGCGCAGCCCUCCAACUUCUACGGACGACGCGUUGACAGCGGAGCUGACGUACGACGCAGCGUUGAGCGACGGGUCGACGCGGAGCGGCGCAGUGUCGAGCGACGUGCCGAUGUUCGCCGAGCUGACGAGCGACGCGCCGAUGUUCGCCGAGCUGACGAGCGACGCGCCGAUGUCCGCCGAGCUGACGAGCGACGCGCCGAUGUUCGCCGAGCUGACGAGCGACGCGCCGAUGUCCGCCGAGCUGACGAGCGACGCGCCGAUGUUCGCCGUGCUGACGGGCGACGCGCCGAUGUUCGCCGUGCUGACGAGCGACGCGCCGAUGUUCGCCGUGCUGACGAGCGACGUGCCGAUGUUCGCCGUGCUGACGAGCGACGCGCCGAUGUUCGCCGAGCUGACGAGCGACGUGCCGAUGUUCGCCGAGCUGACGAGCGACGUGCCGAUGUUCGCCGAGCUGACGAGCGACGCGCCGAUGUUCGCCGCACUGAUGAACGCCGUGCUGACGUACGAGCUGAAGAGCGACGUGCCGACGUCCGACGGGCUGAUGAGCGACGUGCUGACGUGCGACGAACCGAAGAGCGACGUGCUGACGUGCGACGAUCCGAAGAGCGACGAUCGGAGGAGCGACGUGCUGAUGUGCGACGCAGCGCUGAUGAGGAACGCCGAGUGGAACGACGCAGCAUUGAACGACGAGCUGACGAGAGACGCAGUGCGGAGCGCCGAAGCCUUGACCGCCGAUCUGAAGGCCGAUCCCUGCGCAGCGAACGACGAUCUGGCGCCGACCGCCAACUCAGUCGCGACGAACGGUCCCUGGAGCGACGCGCCGAGCGACGAGCCGUCGACGAGAACCGAUCACUCCGAGAGGAAGUCAGCGUUGAGCGACGGGCAGCGCGCAGAGCCGACGGAGCCGCCGACAGGAGAGACGCCCGCCUUCGUCGAGAGGUGCGAUCCCUGGAGCGACGGGCUGAGAGGCGUGACGAACUUCGUCGCGACAACCGGGAGGUGCAGCGCGUCGAACGGCGGGCUGAGAGGCGAGUCGACGUAGAGAGGCGCGAGGUGCGAUCCCUCCGCCGACAAGAAGAGGCGCGGGACGCCCGAAGAAUGGACAGGCGAAGCGAAGAACCCCGGCAGCUUCGACGAGACAGCCGGUCCCUUGACAGACGCGCCGAGAGGCGUGUGGACGAUGAGAGGCGCGAGGGCCGGUCUCUCCGCCGCAGUGACACAAGAUCUCUGGAAAGAGCGGACAGACAGACCAACAACAUGCUGCGACGCCAAGUUCGGUCCGCGGACAGGCGGUCCGAAACGCGGGACAGCGACGAGAGGCGAAGUGGACGAUCCCUACGACGCGCAGAAGAAGUGCGGGCCUCUGAGCGGCGGGCUGAAGAGCGACGCUCUCUCGAACGACGUGCAGACAGGCGCGCUGAAGAGAGGCGCGAUGUGCGAUCCCUGGCACGACGCGCUGAGGAGAGGGGUGACGUUCGGUCACUGGAACGACGUGCUGAGGAGAGGCGUGACGUGCGGUCCCUGGAACGACGUGCCGAAGAGAGGCGUGACGUGCGAUCCCUGGAACGACGUGCCGAAGAGAGGCGUGACGUUCGAUCUCUGGAACGACGCGCUGAGAGGCGUGACGUGCGAUCUCUGGAACGACGUGCCGAAGAGAGGCGUGACGUGCGAUCCCUUGAACGACGUGCCGAAGAGAGGCGUGACGUGCGAUCUCUGGAACGACGCGCUGAGGAGAGGCGUGACGUGCGAUCCAUGGAACGACGUGCUAAUGAGAGGCGUGAUGUUCGAUCAUUGGAACGACGUGCUGAGGAGAGGCGUGACGUGCGAUCCCUGGAACGACGCACUGAGGAGAGGCGUGACGUGCGAUCCAUGGAACGACGUGCUGAAGAGAGGCGUGACGUGCGAUCCUGGAACGACGUGCUGAGAGAGGCGUGA